UCGUCUCGCUUUCCCAUUUACGCUGACGUGUUUUGAUUUAUUCCUCUUCGGGCACACUAGCUCAGAUUUGUUUAUGCAGAACGCGAAGUCUCCUUAGAGCCGAAAAAAUAGAAAACGAGAAGCGAAUAAAGUGCCCCAUUGGCACAAAACGAGCUAGCACCUAAGAACCCCACACACCACACAAGAUGUUCAACUUUAUGAAGAAGAGCGCCGGGGAUGAGGACAAGGAGCGUCGCAAGCGCGAAAAGAAGCUGCGCAAAGAGGCUAAGGGCACCUCUGGUGGCCCGGGAAUGGGAGGCGUGACAGGCGUCACCGGCAGCAUGAGCACCGACGAGCUACUCCGCCUGGAUGAGGUGCGGCGAUCACUUAAAAUCCGCGGGCGACGCAAGGAAAAGGAAAAGCUGCCCAGCGGAAUUACGGCGGACUAUAGCGCAGACUUCUUUGCCGCCCUCAAUGCAGACGCAAACGGUGGAAGCAACGGGGGAGCAGUGGGAGCUGCAGAUCCCGAACAGGAUCGUGGCAAUGAGGAGAUUGUAGCAUCUGUGAUGACGCACAUCGAGAGCCGAGCGUCCAACGGCGCCGGCGUGAGUGUCAACUACAGCGAGGUCACACAUUCUCUUCUCUCAGGAGGGCUAAAGAAUCGCUUUCUUCCACCUAUACCCCCAAAACCUCCCAAACGUGGCAUUCUGAAAGGCUCCCGCAGCAAUAUGACCAAUGUGCAUGAGGAGAUCAGCUUUGCGGGCAGCGCCGGAGGAGCAGGUGGCACGCCAGAGAUGCUAUUGCGCAACACCUUCCAGAAUGAAUCACUUUACGAGGGCGCUGCCAGGGGAGCGGGUUCGAUAGGCUCAAACUCCAGUCAGCAUGGAACCUCGUUUACUUCCGUGGAGAGCCUGCGCAGCGAUGGUGAACAGACGGGAGGUCAGCAACGGGCCAUGACCCUGCCGGCCAACGCCCGCUAUGGAGUUUUACCCCAGGGCAACAGUCAAGGAUCGCACCUCCAUGUGCUCACCUCGCCGUCGCCCAGCGCCGACAGUCUCACAGAUACCACAAACUCCUCUUUCGCCACACCCCCAUUUUCGCUGAGUCCCGUAGGCGAGUCCCAGGGCAUCGACCGUUGGGCCCGCGUUCAUGCCUUCGAAGAUGUGGAGCUGCCGCUUCCGCCGGUGCAGCUGGUAAAACUUCCGCCACCAAGGCAGCUGGUGAUCAGGCGACAAAAGUCGCCGCGCCAGGACUUCGGCUUUAGCCUGCGCAAGGCCAUCUGCUUGGACAGAACAGAAUCCCUGACUUCGCCCAUUUUCAGGCCGGUUAUAUUCGCCGAGCCAGGUGCUGGGGGCGGAGCAACGGGUCUGCUGCCCGGCGAUCGCCUAAUCAAGGUCAACGGCACGCCGGUCGGCGAAUUGUCGCGCGAGAUCAUCAUUGAGAUGAUACGGAACAGCGGCGAGGCUGUCACCGUGGAGGUCCAACCAGUCGCUGAGUUGGUGGAGCUGAGCAAGCGAUGCAUGGCACCCAGCACAGCCACCGUGGAGGAGAUCGAUCAUUCCAUUACCAACGGCAACUGCAACACCCUGCGACGCAGUGCCAGCAAGCGCUUCAAGCGUCAGAGCCGCCAUGAGAAUGGCAAUGGCGGAGGAGAAGAGGAAGGAGCCCAAGGAGUGGUCCACGAUCUGGAGGCGGAUGUUGCGGAUGCCAGUCAGCCGGAGCGCGUUUGGCUGGUGCACCGCGGUGGCUUCACUUCUGCCAUCCGUCUGCCGACUGCGUCUUCUGGCCGGGAUGAGGAGCACAAGCUUAGCCUGCGUCUUCUGCAUAAUGGGGAGCAGUUGACCGUCGACGAGGACGAUGUGGAGAAGCAGAACAGCCCUGCCCUGGAUCUUGUCGAGGACAUCUGUGAGCUGAAGUAUCUGAACGAGGCGUCUGUGCUCCACUGCCUCCGUCAGCGAUACGCCAGCAAUCUCAUCCACACCAAGGCGGGGCCCACGCUGCUCGUGGUCAAUCCCAUGGCACCGCUGUCCCUGUACUCCGAGAAGGUUGUCUCCAUGUUCCGCGGCUGCAAGACGGAGGAUAUGCCGCCCCACGUCUAUUCACUGGCCCAGACCGCCUACAGGAGCCUGGUCGAGACGCGGCGCGACCAGAGCUUGAUAUUCAUGGGCCGAUCUGGUUCUGGCAAAUCCACUAGCUUCAAGCAUGCACUCAACUACCUCGCGUUGGCAGCUGGUGCCUACAAUAAUUUUAUAAACGCGGAAAAGGUGAAUGCCCUCUGCACCAUUCUGGAGGCUUUUGGAAAUACGAAAACUUGCCUAAACUCGAAUGCCACUCGGAUGACGCAGCUGUUAAGCCUGGAUUUCGAUCAAACCGGCCAGAUUGCAUCUGCUUCAUUGCAAGUUCUCCUCCCAGAGAGACAAAGAGCUGGCCGACGAUUGAGCCAUGAACAUAGUUUCCACAUCAUGACACGACUCUUGGCUGGCGCCGCUGGUUUGCUACAGAAGGAGCUGCACCUGGAGAACAUUACCUCCGAGGACAGUCAUCCUUUUAUAUCGUUAUCCCAAAAGCUGGAGGACCGGCAUCGAGCUGCCAAUGACUUUAUGCGCACUGUGCAGGCCUUUGAGACGCUGAACAUUGAUGCAAAGGCGGUACGGGGGAUAUGGAGCAUUCUGGCGGCCAUUUACCAUCUUGGCAUUGCGGGUGUCACGAAAGUGGGCACUGGAUCAACAGCCCGAACUCAGUUUGCCAAUCCCACGGCCGCUCGAAAGGCCUCGGGUUUGUUGGGCGUGAAUCUAGAGGAUCUGUCAUCAGCUGCCUUUGGUCUCACCCAACCAAAUGCCCCCAACGGUGGUCUGAGUCCCUCGAAAUCGCCCACCUCGGACACUGGACACGAAUGGGCCUGGGAAUGUCUCGAGGCGUUGGUCAUUGGUCUAUACUCGGAGGCUUUGGCCGCAGUGGUGGCUUUGAUCAAUCGUCAGAUCUGCACAUCUGCCCACACCAUAGCCUCAAUUAUGCUAAUUGACACGCCCGGCUUCCAAAAUCCAGCCAGCUGUGGCCAGCAAGUGGGUGCUACUCUAGCGGAUCUGCGUCACAACUAUCUGCAGGAGCGUCUGCAGAUGCUCUUCCAUCACACCACACUAGUGGCUCCCCGCGAUCGCUACGCCCAGGAGCUGGUGGAAAUCGAGAUGGACCAGGCUUCGGAGUGUCAUCCGGGACCGCUGAUCUCGCUAAUCGACAAGGCACCCCAGAACCAUGUAGUGCGCUCGUCUCAGCGGGAUUUACGAGAUCAUGAUCGUCGAGGCCUGUUGUGGCUACUGGAUGAGGAAGCCAUCUAUCCAAACUUCAACGACGACACAUUCCUUGAACGUUUGUUCUCGCACUACGGCGACCGGGAACAUCACAACCUGCUGCGGAAAUGCUCUGGGCCGCGACAAUUUGUACUCCACCAUCUGCAAGGCACCAAUCCUGUGCUCUAUGCUGUUGAUGGUUGGGUGCGGCAUAGCCGGGAGCACCCGGGUAUUCGGAAUGCUGUAUCCCUGCUACAGGACAGCAGUCGGGAGGAGAUCAACCGCCUGUAUAUCGGCUCACUGACCCGGGGAUCGGGAGCGAUGGUGUUUUGUGGCUCCUUUGCUGGUCUAGAAGGCACUCAGUCACUUCGUCGCGUGUCCAGUAUUCGUCGCUCUUUCACAACGGCCGGAGUGAAGCGCAACUCCAUCAUGCUGCAGGUAAAGUUUACCGUGGAUGGAAUUAUCGACACGUUGCGCCGCACUGGGACUCACUUUGUGCACUGCUAUCUGCUGCAACAUAACGCUGGCAAACACACCAAGUACACCGCCAAUGGAUCGCCCAGCUCAGCUGCCGGUCAGGCCUCCAGUGAGGAGGAAAUGGUCAACGUGCCACUGUUAAGGAGUCAGCUACGUGGCUCACAAGUCCUAGAAGCGGCUCGUUUGCAUCGCCUUGGUUUUCCCGAAUCAGUGCCAUUAUUGGAGUUUAUCAGGCGUUUCGGUCUUUUGGCCGGGGACUUGGGCAGCAAUAAGGAUGUUAGCGUGGAGCAAAUAUUAGCUGUUAAUGAACUGGAUGUAGCCAGCUAUCGCAUUGGACCUAGUCAGAUCCUCUUCCGCUCAGGAGUCCUUAGUGAUCUGGAAGCCAAGCGCGAUGUCCUGCUCUCAGAUCGCAUUAUACAGCUGCAAGCUUUCUGCCGCGGCUAUUUGGCCCGCAAGAAGAUGUCCCAACGACGAGUUCAGGAACUGGCAGUGCGAUGCAUUCAACGCAAUGUGAAGGCAUUCCUUGCCGUUCGCGACUGGCCUUGGUGGCGUCUCCUGGUGCGGGUCACUCCCCUGCUCAACGUUCAUCGCACCGAGGAGCAGCUGAAGACGGCUAACGAGGAGCUGCUAAUGCUGCGAGCCAAGCUGGAGAAGAUCGAGUGUGAUCGCAGCGAGGUCAAGGCGGAAAACCAAAAGCUGGAAGCCAAGCUAUCCGAGCUGACGGUGGACCUGGCCGAGGAGCGAUCUACGGCUCAUAUAGCCACCGAGCGGCUGGAGGCGGAAACCGCCGAACGUUUGAAGCUGGAGAAGGAGCUGGGUGAUCAAGCCAACAAGGUGAAGAACCUUCAGGAGACGACGGAGAAGCUGGAAAUGGAGCUGAUAUGCGCCAAGUCCGAUCUGAAUGGCAUCUCUGAGGACGAGGAUGCAGAGAACGAGGACGGUGUCGGCGGCGGAGUCUACAAGCUGAAGUACGAGCGGGUGGCCAGGGAGCUGGAGUUCACCAAGAGGCGAUUGCACACGCAGCAUGAGCACGAUCUGGAACAGCUGGUCGGGCUUAAGAAGCAAUUGGAGAAGAAGCUUUCCGAUGCCUACGAAGAAGUUGAGGAGCAACGUCAGGUUGUGGGCCAAUGGAAGCGCAAGGCACAGAAGAUGACCAACGAGAUGAACGAUCUGCGCAUGCUGCUCGAGGAGCAAAAUGCGCGCAACAAUUUGCUCGAGAAGAAGCAGCGCAAGUUCGAUGCCGAGUGCCAGUCCCUGCAGGACGCGUCGCGUCAGGACCGGCAGGCCAAGGAGCGCUACGGUCGCGAAAAGGACGUCCUGCAGGCCGAGAAGUUCACUCUGGAGCAAACGCUGGCGGACACCCGUCUGGAUCUUGACCUCAAAGAGGAGAAACUUGCAUCACUGCAACGCGAGCUGGAGGAGAUGACCUUUGGUGGUGGCACCGAAGAGGAGUUCGCCCAACUGCGGCGCUCCAAGAAUGAAACAGAGCGUCGCGCCAAGGAGCAGGAGGAGGAGCUGGACGAGAUGGCCGGACAGAUACAGCUGCUCGAGCAAGCAAAGCUUCGCCUGGAAAUGACUCUAGAAACAAUGCGCAAGGAAGCGCGCCGUGAGUCGCAGCAGCGCGACGAAGAGCUGGAAGAAGUGCGCGGUAACGGCUACAAGAAGAUUAAAGCCCUUGAGUGUCAGCUGGAAACUGAGCACGAGGAGCGUACUCUGCUGCUGCGCGAGAAGCACGAGCUGGAGCGGCGACUCUCCUCCAUGGAGGAUCGCGAUCGUGUUGAUCGCGACGCCGAUGAAGCGCUCAACCAAAAACUGCGACGGGAUCUUCGCAAGUACAAGGCCCUGCUCAAGGACGCCCAGACACAGUUGGAGCGUCUUAAGGCUGACACUCCUGGCAAGACGCUUAUAAGACAACUGCGUAACCAACUGGAGGAUGCCGAGUCUGCUCGUUCCCUGGCUAUGAAAGCGCGACAAACAGCGGAAGCAGAACUUACUGAAGUACAGGCCAUGUUCGAGGAGUCGCAUCGAGCUAGGAAUGACGCGGAAGAGCGAGCCAAUGCGGCACACAGAGAUCGGGCUGAGCUGCAGGCCCAGAUUGAGGAGAACGAAGAGGAGCUGGGCGAGCUGAUGAAGAAGUACAGUGCCACAGUAAAGCAACUGAACACAGAGCAGAUCAACGUAUCCGAGGCUGAGUUUAAACUCAAUGAAAUGGAGGCAGAGCGCAAUAACCUCAAGGAGCAGGUGGCCGAGCUGCAACACCGUCUGGACAACGUUGAGAACUUAGGGGAUCCAUCUAUGGCCAUGAUGUCUAAGCGACUGGAGCUGCGCACCAAGGAAUUAGAAUCCCGGCUGGAAUUAGAGCAGGCCACUCGGGCUCGUCUUGAAGUGCAGGUAAACCGUCACAAAGAGGCCCUGGAAAAACUGCAGAACGAGGUGACGCAGUCAAAGAUGCGUGAGAUGCAGGCCCAGGAUGUAAUCAAAAAAUCGCAAAAGAGUCUGCGCGACAUGCGCGAAGAGUUCCACGCCGUCUCCAGUCGCGAGCAGGAGUCGCUCACGCGGCGCAAGGACCUCGAGAAGAAGAUGGAGCAAAUGGAGUCGGAGGGAGCGGCGCUUAAGAACGAUCUGCGACUGGCUUUACAGCGAAUAGCUGAUUUACAGCAGGCUAUGGAGGAAGAGGGCGAGGAGGAGCUCAGCGAGAGUGAUGAAAGUCUCAGCUCGGUGGGCUCUAUCAGCGAUCUGGAGGAUCGACUUCGGCCAGUUAAUGUGAAACGCAGGUCACAGCAGUCCUUGAACGGCAGCAUCGGCGGCGGAGGCGGCAGCGUUGUCAGCUCCACCCGCACCGUGGUGUUUGAAAAGGACGACAACAGCCCGAGAAUAACAGUGACGUCGCCAUCGUCGCCACACAUUCAUAAGCUGGCACUGGCGGCCAAAGCCAUACCGGCCCACAAACCGGACACAAAACCUGCAGCGUCUACCAGGAUGGAGUUAACAGUGCCAGCGGGCCAGCAUAAUGGCCAUAAUGCCUAGCAGGCCAAGCCGUAGAUCCAUCCAUUGUUCGGGGCAUGUCCACCUGGGGCUGCAGCUUGUAAUUUGUAACUUUUAUUUUUUGGAUAUUUAUUAGUUGUUUAUGAUUAUUAUUUUAUUACUGUUUAGUUCAAUACGUUUAACUAUUUAUUAUCGAAAUAUAGCUACAUGAUAAUAUUUAAUAUAAAACCCAAUAGGCAUUUGAAAACAAUGCUGACUUGUAGUUAAUUUAAUUUGCGCGACAGUCCCUAUACAAAAAGUGAUUAACAUGUUUUAUCUCUCUCAAAAACAAAACAAAAAACAAAAACAAAACUGAACUAACACCUAUAGAAUUUAGUCCAUUAUCCUAUAGCCAACUUAAAUAAAAUUAGUUAAACGCGUUUCAAAAUCAUAGGCAAGUGUAUGCAAAUACAAUAAAUUGAAUAUUUAAUCAAAUGCGAGUAUUUUACAAAUAACUCAUAUUCUUAUACGAAUCAUCAUCCCCUUCACAACAUCAGUAAUUAAACGACAUCAUUAGCUUCAUUCAUCACAUACAGAAACAAAA